UCCCCCUCUCCCGCCCCGGGCCUUCCCGGCGGCCGCCGCCUCGGGUUUCCGGAGGGGCCGGAGGGCGGGCGGGUCGUCACGUGCGCGCCGCCCUGGGGCCGGUUGGUCCGCCGGCCGGGGUGAGACCGCGGGCCUCACGGGCCGGGGUCGGGGUCCGCGGCUCCCGAGCGCCGGAGGGAAGAAACGGGAGCCGAGUGCCAGCGCGGUGGCCGGGGAGUCGCGCCGACCCAUGAGCUCUCCGCCGCCCGCCCGCAGGGGCUUUUACCGCCAGGAGGUGGCCAAGACGGCCUGGGAGGUGCGUGCGGUGUACCAGGACCUGCAGCCCGUGGGCUCGGGCGCCUAUGGCGCAGUGUGCUCGGCCGUGGACAGCCGCACAGGCGCCAAGGUGGCCAUCAAGAAGCUGUACCGGCCCUUCCAGUCCGCGCUGUUCGCCAAGCGCGCCUACCGCGAGCUGCGCCUCCUGAAGCACAUGCGCCACGAGAACGUGAUCGGGCUGCUGGACGUGUUCACUCCAGACGAGACCCUGGAUGAUUUCACAGACUUCUACCUGGUCAUGCCGUUCAUGGGCACCGACCUGGGCAAGCUCAUGAAGCUCGAGAAACUGAGUGAGGACCGGAUCCAGUUCCUCGUCUACCAGAUGCUGAAAGGGCUGAAGUACAUCCACGCUGCUGGCGUUGUUCACAGGGACCUGAAGCCCAGCAACCUGGCGGUGAACGAGGACUGUGAGCUGAAGAUCCUGGACUUCGGCCUGGCCAGGCAGGCAGACAGCGAGAUGACCGGGUAUGUGGUGACUCGGUGGUACCGGGCACCUGAGGUCAUUUUGAAUUGGAUGCACUACACACAGACAGUGGACGUCUGGUCUGCGGGCUGCAUCAUGGCCGAGAUGAUCACGGGGAAGACGCUGUUCAAGGGCAACGACCACCUGGAUCAGCUGAAAGAGAUCUUGAAGGUGACGGGGACACCUCCCGAUGACUUCGUGCAGAGGCUGCAGAGUGCUGAGGCGAAGGACUACAUGAAGGGCCUCCCCGAGCUGGAGAAGAAGGAUUUUGCCUCCAUCCUGACCAACGCGAGCCCUCUGGCCGUGAACCUCCUGGAGAAAAUGCUGGUGCUGGAUGCGGAGCGGCGGGUGACGGCGGCCGAGGCGCUGACCCACCCUUACUUUGAGUCGCUGCAGGACAUAGAGGAUGAGCCCAAGGCCCAGAAGUACGACGAGUCCUUCGAUGACGUGGACCGCACGCUGGACGAGUGGAAGCGUGACACGUACAAAGAGGUGCUCAGCUUCAAGCCUCCCCGGCAGCUAGGGGCCAAGGCCUCCAAGGAGACAGCCCUGAGACUCCUCAUUCCAAGCCUGCGGCCCCACCUCAGCCUCACCUUAGAGGGGCAUUUGGACUUUCUGGACAGGACUGCAUCCCCUCCAGCCUGGGCUGGCCUCUGAGCCCCUGAGCAGCCGUCCCCUGCGCAGGCUGCAGCGAGAGGCCUCAGAGCCUUCGAGGUGGGGCGGAGCUUGGGUCAAGGCCUGGCCUCUGUCCCUGCUGCGCGCGUGGCCGAGAAGGACAGGGAGGGCACAGGCGCUGACUCGGGGUCUUCUCUCCUGGGGGGCGCUGGCGUGGAUUCUCCUGCACGCCCAGCCUGGAGUGUAAAUUGUCCUCGUGUGCCCACAUGGCUGGGAGGAAAUAAACCCUUUUGUAGAGCUUC